UUUUCUUUCAAUGCUCUUGCUCUUGCUACCCCAACUACAUCUUCUUCGUCUCCAACUCCAGUUUCAGCUCCAUCUCCUUGUUGUCCUGCUCCGCUUCCUUUGCCGUUGGGCUUCCCAAAACCCAGCCACAGUAAAAGCCCACCAACCCCCAACACACCCGGCCAGGCAACGGCAACGGCAACCACCGAAGAGGAUAAUUUCGUUUCGAAACGGAAACACUCCUCCUUGUGCUAUAAUCAAAGCUCUUCUUCAAAUAACACUCAAUCAAAAAGUAGCAACAAUAACGACUACAACAACAACAACAACUCAGCUGAAAAUCUCUUCACUGAUAAGAAUCCACCAACAAAAGAGCAUAAAACGAUCGCUGAACGUCUUCGAAAUUUUCACCGAUCGCAAGAUUUAGUAACUCUGCGGCCGCCCUUAGAUUCGCCCGGAAUAUCAAAUCAACCCUUAUCGCAAGCUUAUUUGAAUAAUAACAAUAAUUCGUCGUGUGUUUCUCCGCCGUUGAAGCCGCUGACAAGCGCUGCUGACAUCAGUUUCAGUAGGUCAAGUGAUAACAAUUUAGUGUAUCGCAGUCAUAGCAAAUCUCCUCAACAAAUCAAAUCAUCAGUAGAAGAAGAAGAAGCGUGUUGGAAAUCUGAUGACCAUUGCUUUAAUCUAAGUGUUAACAACUGCGCUCUAACCUGCCCCUCGACAGCGUGUGGUGCUGACCGAAGCACAAAACAUCUCAGUCAUAAGCCUUUAAGCAACGGCGAGAAUAGUGUGUCCCUGAACCCAUCUACAUCGCCGCCGCCGUUUAUAAGCUCUAUCGAUUGCAACCAGCACUCGCCGUCAUCGCUCGAUAGAUUGAAGGUUGUUGCGUCGUCGUCGUUGUCGUUAGAAAAGUAUAGCGAUUUAGUUGCCCCGGCAGAAGUAGUUGCUGCCGAUGAGCCUAAGCGAAAACGUGCAUUGCGUAGACGUGUUCGGAAGUCAUUACGUUCGGAAUCUGUCUUUGAACAGCCACUGCCACCUCCGCCGCAGAACUUGCAGCACCAUCAGCAGAAGCAGAAGAACUUUACCGAAUAUGCCUGUCAGAAGUUAGACCAACUUUUUGGUGGUAGUUCGAAAGUUGCCGGAGUUUCAUCCACAUCGAGUACAAUUUCGCCGGCCACAGCUGUCAGCAGUGGAACCAUCAUCAUGGGAGUCCUCCGUUCGGUUAAAUUGAAAGAGCGCCUGGCCAUAAGCUUGGGAGCAACUCUGAUAUUAUUCACCCUGCUUCUGGUCAUAGACGUGCAGAUGGAUUUCGGUGUCACCAAUCGACACCUGAUGCCAUCGCACGCAAAAGUUCGGUACGUCAACGAUGAAGACAGGAGCGGCGUAUUCAGAGAUUUCAAAAGGAAGUUCCUACAAAAGAGCAAUUCUUCUGGUUCCAAGGAAGCCUCUACAACGAUAGUCGCCAAAAGUCAAGGAAAUUCAAACGAAAAAAAUACUGCAUCAACAACGAAAAAACCAUCGCCACAUGAUCGUUUUGAAGAUCUGCUAAAAGUGUUAAGAGAUGGAAGUAGUAAAUAUUCAAGUGUGAUUGUUGACAGUCAUUUGGAGGAGGAUACAAUCAAUCCAACAUUGGCUGAAGUAAUGGAUAUGAAAGUGAGCAAAAAUGCAACGAACUUGGAAAAAUUCCAACUGGCGAUAUCAAAGAAAGAGCUUUAUCCUGAGAACGACACAGUUGUGGAUGCCGUCAUACGCGACAUGGCCAAUUUACCAAUUCGCCACGUAUAUCAAAAAGACGGUGGCACUCAGUUGAAAUUAGUCAUUGAAUAUUCAACUGACAUGAAGUCGCUUAUGAAGCCAAUGAGAUUCCCGAGGGAUCAACAGACCUUGCCGAAUCACUUCUACUUUACGGAUUACGAGAGGCACAAUGCAGAGAUUGCUGCUUUCCACUUGGACAGGAUCAUGGGAUUCCGUCGUGCAAUGCCUGUAACCGGUCGCCUAUUAAACAUAACCACAGAUAUUUACCAGGUUGCUGAUGAUAAUUUAUUAAAGACAUUCUUCGUUUCUCCGUCCAACAAUUUAUGCUUCCACGGAAAAUGCUCAUACUAUUGUGAUACAUCGCACGCCAUCUGUGGUAAUCCGGACACACUCGAGGGAUCCUUUGCCGCCUUUCUGCCAGCAUUCGAGCAAACGCAGCGAAAGGUUUGGAGACAUCCUUGGCGACGAUCUUAUCACAAAAGGAGGAAAGCCCAAUGGGAAACUGACGCUGACUACUGUGCAAUGGUUCGGGACAUCCCACCAUAUGAUGAAGGCAGGCGGCUUUUGGAUCUAAUGGAUAUGUCAGUAUUUGAUUUUCUCACAGGCAACAUGGACCGUCAUCAUUAUGAAACCUUUAAAGUUUACGGUAACGAUACGUAUCCCUUGCAUCUUGAUCAUGGUCGUGGUUUUGGUAAACCUUUCCACGAUGAACUAACAAUUUUGGCUCCAGUUCUUCAGUGCUGUUUAAUACGGACAACUACCCUUCAAAAACUAUUGGAAUUCCACAAUGGACCCAAACACUUAUCUGAUAUAAUGCGUGAAAGUAUGUCAGUAGAUCCUAUUAAUCCUAUCCUAUGGGAACCACAUUUAGUGGCCCUAGAUCGUCGUGUUGCAAUUAUCCUACAAGGAAUUCGAGAUUGUUUAAAGAAAAAUCCCCCAGAAGAAGUUGAAAAUUCCCUCGAUGAUACAUCAUAGCGGUAAUUUUUAAACUAAGCAAAGACAAUUAAAUAUAAAUACUUUCUAUAUAGUUAAAUCAUUUUUCUUAAGUUAAAAAAAAAUAACAAUUAUUGAAAAUUAAAAAAAAAAAACAUUUUGAAUUGAAAGAAAAUUCAUCCGUAAAUCUGUAUUAGAUGUAAAAAAAGAAAAUAAAUAAAUUUAAAUAAAUGUUCAAAACAUUACUCUACCUAUAAAUUAUACCUACAAAAAACAUGAAAAUAUUCCUGAUUAAAUUUAAAUAACAAAAAUUAUAUAAAAAUAUAUAUGUAUAUGAAUGUAUUAUGUAUAUCAAAAUAUCAAUGUUUCAAAAUGGAUAAUAAGACAUAAUAAGUUAUGACGAUGAUACCAAAAAUAUUUGUGUAGACUUUUUAAGAAUUUUAAAACAAAAUUUUAUUUAAAACUAUUUGUCAAUAAUAUUUAUAAGAAUUUAAAAUUAUAUCUAUAUAUAUAUAUUUAAAAACAAAAAUAUUUAAUAUAUUUAAAACAAAAAAACAACUUAAGAUGUUACAUCUCAAAAAUAAAACAUAUUUUUUGGCAGCUUUUUAAGCACUUGAGAUUCAAUUACUAGAUAGUUAAAUACAUUACGUAGCUAGUGCCAAAUAUUUUUCCUUUUAAAAAUUAUAUUCGAACACUUAAUAUUGCAUUUGAUACUGGAUAAUAAUUUUUCAAAUCAUUCUAGCUCCUUUAAUUAAAAAAAUUCAACACUUGUGCUCGAAUGUUAUUACUUUUCUUUUCCUUACAGAAUCUUUAAUGUUAGUUUUGCUUUCAAUAAUGUUAAUGCAAUAAAUUUGUUUAAAAGGAAUUGAAAUUAUUUAACACCACCAGUGUCAAUUGCAUAUCUUAUCCCAUUAAAAAAAUAAUAUUUUUAAGCCCACAACCACACAACUUGAUCCCAAAGCAAAGCUUAAAGGUACGAUAUAAUACAACAAAAUUAAAAUAGCAACAAUUUAAAAAAGAACAUUACUUUUUAAUUUGAAUUAAUUUGUAAAUAUUUUAUUUGUAAAAUACUAUUAAUAAGUUUAAAAAAAAAGUGUGAUUAAAAUUAUAUAUUUAUUUGUUAAUUUAUAGAAAAUAAGAAAUUUAAAAAUAUGUAAAUUAUUUUAUUGUUUUUAAUUUUUAAAGCUUAUAUCACGAAUAUUAAAUUAAAUCUUAAAAUUUUGUGCACUUUGUUUAAUAGUUUUUUUUGUGAUGUUAUUUAUGUUUUUGAAAUGUCAAUAAAACGAACAUUAUUUAAAAUAUGCGGCCUGAUUAAAUGUUGACAAUACAGACACAUUUUUUAACGAAAUUUCAGCAAAAAAACGAGUUUUUAAAUAUUUUUGAAAUAAAGAUAAUCUAUCAAACAAUUCUUAUUACAUUUUUUAAGCUUAAAUUUUGAAAAAAUAAAUCAACUUUUAAAAAAUAAACAGGUUUUGGUAAAAUAAUUGAUUUUGAUAUUAAAUAAUUUUUAGACUAGAAGUUGAAGACUCUAAGACUUUUUUAAAGUAUAAAAGGUAGUUUGAGGUCUAAAAAAAAACUAUCAAGGAAAUAAAUAUCAUAUUCAAAUUAACAACUAAAGGGCUCGAACUUAAUUUUUAAAAAACAAGUUGUACAAAAAUCCUCUGAAAAAGUUUGGAUUUUCCUUAACAAGUUUACAUGCGAAAUACCUAAUCAUUUCAAUUAAUAUUUCAUUUCAAUAAAUGUUAAAAUUAAAAACUAUAUACAACUUAAGACAUCAUCGAAAAGAAAAUAUUUAUUAAAAAAAAAAACUAUUUAAAUAUUUGUGUAGGUAAAGUUUAUAUGAUUGUAAUUUUUAUUUCUGUACCUUAAACGAAUUCAAUUAAAAAGAAAACAAAAAGUGGUAAAUGAAAUAUAAAAAAACACGGACUGUAUGAUAAAUAAUGUAAUUAAAAAUAAAAUAUAUUUGUUAUAAAUAAA